GGGGGUAAAAGUGCUUUUCUGUCAGUGAUGCUCACAGACUUCAUUUUCACUCCCCCCCUUCAGCGCCUUUAAAGCUGCUUUCCGCGAGUCCGGCUCGGAUUAAGGGACGGAAAAGUGGCUCGUUCGGGUGACGAAGGCGCUCGGUUUGUGCAUUAGGGGCCGUUUACGGUAAAGACCCGCAGCGAGCGGAGAGACGAGCGCGACCGUUAUUUUUAAAUUUGAAUUUUAACCGUUAGAGUUGCCGGUGCAGGGACCUGUUGCUGAGGUAAACUGAACGUAGCGCUGGACAGGCUUCAUUUUCCGUCGACUUGCUGACAGGAAAGUUGUCCGAGGGUCUAAAACCCAGCUUGAGGGGGCUGUGCGAGUGUGUGUGUGUGAGCUGAGAGAGUGUGUGUGCGGUUUAAAGGACUUGUUCUCGUCGCUAACGGACAACUCGCUCGGCUAAGUGAAGUUAGCGAAGGUCUGCUUAGCCUUAUAACGUUACUGUGCGUGCCAUGUAGCUCAACAACAACAACAAAACAUGUCCAUACCACACUAAUCUUAAUCUAAGAUAACUUCACGGAUGUUUCCCUCAGUCCCGAAGCGGACAGGUAGCUGAACCUCGCGCAGUUUUGCCGGCCGUUGCCCCACAGAAUGGCUCAAACACAGCGGGACAUGUGUGGACUGGGGUCUGGAGAGAGACCAUGAGCUGCUAGAAGCUGCCGGCCAGCUGAACGUGAAGGUUCGCAGACACGCCGCGAUGCUGCUGGCUUGGGGCGCGUUAGUCCAAGCCUGCCUCGCCCUGCUGGUGGAGGCCAGCCAGCGGAGCCUGAGGGAGCCGGCCAGCUGCGACCUCAACAGGAAGCAAAGUGAGCUCAAUUCCUUUCUGUGGACUAUAAAGCGCGACCCGCCCUCGUACUUCUAUGGCACGAUUCACGUCCCUUACACCCGGGUAUGGGACUACAUUCCAGAAAACUCCAAAAAAGCCUUCCAGGAAAGCAAUAUUGUCUACUUUGAGCUGGACCUUACAGACCCUUACACCAUUUCGGCUCUAACCAGCUGCCAGCUGCUUCCGCAGGGCGAAAACCUGCAGAACGUUUUGCCCAGGGACAUCUAUCGCCGCCUCAAAAGGCACCUUGAGUACGUCAAACUCAUGAUGCCGUCCUGGAUGACACCUGACCAAAGAGGCAAGGGCCUGUACGCCGAUUACUUGUUUAACGCCAUAGCUGGGAAUUGGGAACGGAAACGGCCAGUGUGGGUGAUGCUAAUGGUCAACUCGCUGACUGAGGCGGACAUUAAAACUCGGGGCGUGCCCGUACUGGACCUGUACCUUGCCCAGGAGGCCGAGAGGAUGAAAAAGAAAACAGGAGCUGUGGAGAAGGUGGAGGAACAGUGCCAUCCACUUAAUGGACUCAACUUUUCCCAGGUGAUAUUUGCCCUGAAUCAGACUCUGCUUCAGCAGGAGAGUCUCCGGGCAGGAAGUUUGCAGGUACCCUACACCACCGAGGACCUCAUCAAGCACUACAACUGUGGGGACCUCAACUCCAUUAUUUUCAACCAUGACACUUCACAGGUCCCCAACUUUAACAACGCCACAUUGCCCCCCAGCGAGCAAAUCACGGCUCAGGAGAUCGACAGUUACUUCCGGCAGGAGCUCAUCUAUAAGCGCAAUGAGAGAAUGGGCAAGAGGGUCAAAGCUCUGAUGGAGGAGCACCCUGACAAAAGCUUCUUCUUCGCUUUUGGAGCAGGUCACUUCCUGGGCAACAACACAGUGAUUGAUGUUCUGAGGAGCCAAGGCUAUGAGGUGGAGCACACACCAGCAGGCCAGCCUAUUAACAGCGGCCGGAGAUCCCGCCCUCCUAAAGAGGACGACAUCUCAGACGUGGAGUCCCAAACCGAUCUCUUCCUGCACGAAGAUCGAGACUGGCAACCCCUAGAGGAGGAGGAUCCUCUGCCCCACCUACUGCUUCCAGACAGCCUAGAGCUACUGGAGAAGGUGGAGAGGAAGCUGAAGAAGAAGCGGCGAAACAAGCAGAAGAAGCAGCGCCACCGGCAGUUCAAUGACCUCUGGGUUCGCAUGGAGGAAAGCACAACAGUGGAAUCACCUCCCCCAGUUGUCCGAAUCAUCAACGGCUACAUCACUGUCCAGGCCCAUCCUCAAGACCACGGAAGAUCUAAUCACGACAGGACAUUCUCAGGCUCCACCCCCUUGAGGGGAGGAGCCUAUGUCGGCAUGCUAAUACUGUGGGUUCAAAUGAUCCGGCAGUGGCUCCUUGACCUAUAAACCAGCAGCAUGACCUCAUUGACCUCAGGACCUCCUGAACUCCUAAAGAACUCAAAAGGUGCAGAGGUCGUUCAGAGCGCUGACAGCCAAAGGCUAAUCUCCUGCCUAAGGGUGAAGAGCCAUGAAAAAGACUCCUUAAACGUAUUCUUGAUUUCCUGAAGGACUGCUUUUACACUGCAUUACAGUGCAGCUUUUGUACAUAUUAAAUGUAUCAUAGAUGUAAUUUAGAAACAUGAAUAAAAUGUAUGUUUUUUUGUUCAUUUUUUAUAUAUACAGUAAAUAAGAUUCACUAUAUUUUUGUGACUAAAUCAAGUACUAACAAAUAGUUUUUUUUUUUUUUCUUUUUUUAAUUUCAC